AUGAAAUUUUCCACCGCUUUCAGUGCUGCCCUACUGGCAUGUGCCAAAUUCGCAAUUGCCGACUCUGAAAAAUUCGGGUUCUUGGUGAUCAGAUCCGGAUCGCCUUUGCAAUACGCUUCCGUUUAUGUCCAGGACUCGAAAUUGUAUUUCGGUAGCUCUUCCCAGAGUCUUUCUGCUGUGAUCACCGACGAGGGCAAACUUAAGUUGUCAGACAACACAUUCGCCGUGGUCAGCUCGGACGGCUCUCUAAAAGAAGGCUCCGUGUCCGACGCAACUGCUGACUUCUCCAUCAUCGACGGGCACCUCGCCUACAACGGUGAAAACGGGUUUACUGCCGUCUCAUCGGGAAACUCGUACCUCGUCUCCACCGCCCAGGGUUCCGGCUCCAACGACCUCAGCGUCGCUGUGAGAGCCGCUUCUGCGUCGUCCGGAUCGGCCGUCUCGGAUUUUUCGCCUGACGGGAGCUCCUCUUCCGCUUCGGGUUCAGCAAGCUCUGCGUCCAAUUCCACUGUGACCACCACCACCGCGUCAGCUGCUUCCCAAACGGUGAUCACUAGCCAAGCUCAGGCCUCCUCUGUCUCUAGUGAACCAAAAACUACAUCCACAGUCGCCCCAGUUUCCCAAAUUUCCGACGGCCAACUCCAGGCUGUUUCUGCUACCUCUAGUGCAGCUGCCCAGUCUACGGCCUCUGCCGUAUCCCAGAUCUCCGAUGGCCAGAUCCAAAACCCUUCUUCGGUCACCAUUCAAGUGCAAUCUGGCAAUGGAGCCUCGCAAGCCGGUGUGGGUCUUGGUGCUGCAUUUGCGGCAGUGGCUGCGGCCCUUUUGUAG